AUGGAUACUCAGGGAGUGCAGCAGAAAUCUUCUCCACCUCAGGGAGUGCAGCAGACAUCCUCUCCACCUCAGGGAGUGCAGCAGACAUCCUCUCCACCUCAGGGAGUGCAGCAGACAUCCUCUCCACCUCAGGGAGUGCAGCAGACAUCCUCUCCACCUCAGGGAGUGCAGCAGACAUCCUCUCCACCUCAGGGAGUGCAGCAGACAUCCUCUCCACCUCAGGGAGUGCAGCAGACAUCCUCUCCACCUCAGGGAGUGCAGCAGACAUCCUCUCCACCUCAGGGAGUGCAGCAGACACAGAAAUCCUCUCCGCCUCAGGGAGUGCAGCAGACACAGAAAUCCUCUCCACCUCAGGGAGUGCAGCAGACGUCCUCUCCACCUCAGGGAGUGCAGCAGACAUCCUCUCCACCUCAGGGAGUGCAGCAGACACAGAAAUCCUCUCCACCUCAGGGAGUGCAGCAGACACAGAAAUCCUCUCCACCUCAGGGAGUGCUGCAGCUACAGAAAUCCUCUCCACCUCAGGGAGUGCAGCAGACACAGAAAUCCUCUCCACCUCAGGGAGUGCAGCAGCUACAGAAAUCCUCUCCACCUCAGGGAGUGCAGCAGACAUCCUCUCCACCUCAGGGUGUGGUGCAGACAUCCUCUCCACCUCAGGGAGUGCAGCAGACACAGAAAUCCUCUCCACCUCAGGGAGUGCAACAGACAUCCUCUCCACCUCAGGGAGUGCAGCAGACAUCCUCUCCACCUCAGGGAGUGCAGCAGACAUACUCUCCACCUCAGGGAGUGCAGCAGACACAGAAAUCCUCUCCACCUCAGGGAGUGCAGCAGCUACAGAAAUCCUCUCCACCUCAGGGAGUGCAACAGACAUCCUCUCCACCUCAGGGAGUGCAGCAGACAUCCUCUCCACCUCAGGGAAUGCUGCAGACAUCCUCUCCACCUCAGAAAGUUCAGCAGAUAUCCUCUCCACCUCAGGGAGUGCAGCAGACAUCCUCUCCACCUCAGGGAGUGCAGCAGACAUCCUCUCCACCUCAGGGAGUGCAGCAGACAUCCUCUCCACCUCAGGGAGUGCAGCAGACAUCCUCUCCACCUCAGGGAGUGCAGCAGACAUCCUCUCCACCUCAGGGAGUGCAGCAGGCAUCCUCUCCACCUCAGGGAGUGCAGCAGACAUCCUCUCCACCUCAGGGAGUGCAGCAGACAUCCUCUCCACCUCAGGGAGUGCAGCAGACACAGACAUCCUCUCCACCUCAGGGAGUGCAGCAGACACAGAAAUCCUCUCCACCUCAGGGAGUGCAGCAGACAUCCUCUCCACCUCAGGGAGUGCAGCAGACAUCCUCUCCACCUCAGGGAGUGCAGCAGACAUCCUCUCCACCUCAGGGAGUGCAGCAGACAUCCUCUCCACCUCAGGGAGUGCAGCAGACAUCCUCUCCACCUCAGGGAGUGCAGCAGACAUCCUCUCCACCUCAGGGAGUGCAGCAGACAUCCUCUCCACCUCAGGGAGUGCAGCAGACAUCCUCUCCACCUCAGGGAGUGCAGCAGACAUCCUCUCCACCUCAGGGAGUGCAGCAGACAUCCUCUCCACCUCAGGGAGUGCAGCAGACAUCCUCUCCACCUCAGGGAGUGCAGCAGACAUCCUCUCCACCUCAGGGAGUGCAGCAGACAUCCUCUCCACCUCAGGGAGUGCAGCAGACAUCCUCUCCACCUCAGGGAGUGCAGCAGACAUCCUCUCCACCUCAGGGAGUGCAGCAGACAUCCUCUCCACCUCAGGGAGUGCAGCAGAAACAGAAAUCCUCUCCACCUCAGGGAGUGCAGCAGCUACAGAAAUCCUCUCCACCUCAGGGAGUGCAGCAGACAUCCUCUCCACCUCAGGGAGUGCAGCAGACAUCCUCUCCACCUCAGGGAGUGCAGCAGACACAGAAAUCCUCUCCGCCUCAGGGAGUGCAGCAGACACAGAAAUCCUCUCCACCUCAGGGAGUGCAGCAGACGUCCUCUCCACCUCAGGGAGUGCAGCAGACAUCCUCUCCACCUCAGGGAGUGCAGCAGACACAGAAAUCCUCUCCACCUCAGGGAGUGCAGCAUCUACAGAAAUCCUCUCCACCUCAGGGAGUGCAGCAGACACAGAAAUCCUCUCCACCUCAGGGAGUGCAGCAGCUACAGAAAUCCUCUCCACCUCAGGGAGUGCAGCAGACAUCCUCUCCACCUCAGGGAGUGCAGCAGACAUCCUCUCCACCUCAGGGAGUGCAGCAGACACAGAAAUCCUCUCCGCCUCAGGGAGUGCAGCAGACACAGAAAUCCUCUCCACCUCAGGGAGUGCAGCAGACGUCCUCUCCACCUCAGGGAGUGCAGCAGACAUCCUCUCCACCUCAGGGAGUGCAGCAGACACAGAAAUCCUCUCCACCUCAGGGAGUGCAGCAUCUACAGAAAUCCUCUCCACCUCAGGGAGUGCAGCAGACACAGAAAUCCUCUCCACCUCAGGGAGUGCAGCAGCUACAGAAAUCCUCUCCACCUCAGGGAGUGCAGCAGCUACAGAAAUCCUCUCCACCUCAGGGAGUGCAGCAGACAUCCUCUCCACCUCAGGGUGUGGUGCAGACAUCCUCUCCACCUCAGGGUGUGGUGCAGACAUCCUCUCCACCUCAGGGUGUGGUGCAGACCGCAGCUGAAUUCCAAAGUGUGAAGCAGCUCUCUGUCUUAUUCUCCCGUCCAGAAAAGUCUGUCACAUUCUCCCGUCCGGAAAAGUCUGUCACAUUCUCCCGUCCGGAAAAGACUGUCACAUUCUCCCGUCCGGAAAAUACUGUCACAUUUUCCCCUCCGGAAAAUACUGUCACAUACUACCGUCCGGAAAAGACCUCUAUCGCAUACUCUCCUCCGGAAAAGACCUGUCUCAAAUUCUCUCCUCCGGAAAAGACCACUAACGAAUUAUCUUCUCCGGAAAAGUCUGUCACAUUCUCUCAUCCGGAAAAGUCUGUCACAUUCUCUCAUCCGGAAAAGACUGUCACAUUCUCGUGUCCGGACAAUGACAGAUGCGUCGGCACGGCUAAAGCAAGCAUUGAUAUAAAGUCUAGCAGCGUCAAUGAUCCGUUGAAAAAUGGUGGAGCUAUUCCGAAGAGAAUCAUACCAAGUACGAAGGCCGUGCCAAACACUGCACUACAGUAUAUCAACGAGCAAGUACCAAAAGACAAGGAUAAAAGCUGCGUAGAUAUUUCAAAAAGAACUAACGAAACGAUUUUUAGAAUUAGGAAUGAUGACAACAAAGCUACUAGCGAACAGCCUCCUAAAGAAUCAAAACACACUGGUGCUGGAGCUAAGAAAGAUGCACAGACCAAUCUCUCACCAAAGAAAAAGAGAUCAAGACGUUCCAGGAGGAAUACACCAUGCGUUAACCCUACCUCACCGACAGUCAACGACGACGCGAUCACAAGCUUCGAACCCGCGCAGCAAGGGUUAAAAUAUUACCUCAGGUGUAGUUUAUGCAGUGGCACUGGUUUAGUGGAAGCCACCGACCUAGAAAAUAGCUGCAAUCAUGUAGUGGAACAUUACGGUUCUGGUAAUUCUCCCAGCGACUCGAUGGAUUUUAAUACAUUUGAGAAUGUUCCUAAUAGCCCUUCUGAAGCCAGUGGCUUUCAAUACAUUCCCAAUUACUCAUUUGUUUCUGGAAAUUUCACCAGUGACUCCACAGACCCCGAACUUGCUGUGUGGCAACCAUCGGAAACAGAGACCAAUCUUUUAAGACAAGUUCAGAUGUCUCCAAACGACAUGAACGGCGCCAGCGACGGGUAUGUGCCAGACUUGAGUAACACGGACAGUGGUCAGAGUCCAAACAGCCCGCCUAGCGCCGAGGGGGAUCUUGUCCCAACCAGGCCAUCAGACCAGCUCCUCAAGUCUCUGGGCAAAUUCUGCGGCUUCUGCAAGAAGAAAGGCAUGCGCCGGGACCAGUACACGUCACAUCCCAUCCGGGAUGCGGUUGGCAUGGUCGUCUGCCCGUCCCUCAAGUCUGUCGUCUGCCCGGCGUGCGGCGCUACGGGCAAGUACGCCCACACGUUGUCGUACUGCCCACGUCUCUGGGGUUAUACGGGGAGAUUCAGGUUGAGGAUCGUCAGAGAUGGGUUUUAG